UUGUUGAUUGUUGCAGUUCUGUGGUACACAAUGGCGAUUAAAAACAGGACGGGACUUUCCGCAAUUGCAACAACUGUAGCAGCUUUUAUAUUUAUUGUGAUUGCAUUUUGUACACCCUACUGGCUUCAGAAUGAUGAAAAAAUAGAUAAUCCGCAAUUUAUAAAAAUAGGAUUGUGGGAAGUUUGCUUCGUGAAUUUCGAAGAUUUUCGGCACCAAUAUGACUACCGAUUCACAGGAUGCUGGUGGGUAUUCGAAGAGGAAUAUUAUAUUAUUGAUGACUUCCUCCUUCCUGGAUUCUUCAUAGCAACUCAAUUUUUCUUCACACUGUGUACAACGUUACUUCUAGUUGGUAUAUUUUUAACAUGGAUGUACUGUUUCUGCAGUAGGAAUCAUGAUAAAUACAUACUACUCCUACUGAGCAAUGGAUCUAAUUUGCUAUUAGCUGGCUUUUUUGGAGUUAUUGCAUGUAUUAUAUUUGGUAUUAAUGGAGAUCGAAGAGACUGGAUGCCUAAUUGGCAGCACAAUAGUCUUGGUUUCUCAUAUGCAUUUGCUUGUAUUGGAUCUUUAUUACUAUUUCCAGCUGGGGCUUUAUUUUUGAUUGAAGCAAGAAGAGCUAAAUAUAGAAAGUUGAGAUCAAGUUAUCCCCCCUCACAAUAUAGUGUGGAAAUACCAAAACCCUCACAUACAGAUAUUUAAGCCUUACAAAAAUUUGAACAUUAGUGCCUUUAAUUGUACCCUCUUUCUGGAGGUGAAUAUGUGACCUCAAAACUUUCACUACUUGCAUUAGUAUCUGAAAGCUUCUAUCUCGAUGACGAUAAAAAUGCCAGCAAAUUUUUAAAACGCCGUCCAAAAAUUAUUUUAUAAGUACUAGUUUUAAAGAAAUGUAUUCAGUAUUUUAUUAUGUAAUCAUAUUUUGACUAACUGAAUUUUUUAACUUUUUCAUUAUGAAUAAGUUGUUAAUGUUUGAAUUUAUUUAUAUUUUGUUCAUUCCUUUUAGUAAACUGUACGAGGAAUAAUUCUUUUCCAUAUAAUAGCUUUUUUGCUAAUACUCCGUCCAGAGAAUGUAUUAUUUUUCCUUCAUUGUUAUAAAAUAUAUUAUCUAUAUUUAUAA